AUGGCUUUUGGUUUUCAGUGUCUUAGGGCUUUGCCUGUUAAGUACUUAGUGGCAAAGGUCGUAGAUUUUGCAGAAAAAACAAAGAAGGUGGCAAAAGAUGACCCUAGAAGGGUUAUUCAUUCCAUCAAAGUAGGCUUAGCACUCGUGCUGAUUUCUUUGUAUUACAAUUUCCAACCUUUUUACGACGGUUUUGGGGUUGAUGCAAUGUGGGCUGUCAUAACUGUGGUCGUCGUCUCUGAGUUUUCUGUUGGAGCAACAAUAGGGAAAAUUAUAAAUCGGACAGCAGCAACCUUGUUAGCUGGGGCUCUUGGUGUUGGCCUGUAUAGUUUAGCAGCUCUUACGGGAUCAAUUGGGAAGCUCAUACUACUUACUGCCUUUGUCUUCUUAGUAGGUUCAGUAGCGACAUUCAUGAGAUUCUGUCCCCGAAUAAAAGCAAGGAAUGAUUACGGGCUGUUAAUAUUUAUACUGACCUUCUGUAUGGUAAUUGUCCCGGGUUAUCAAGAUGAUGAGGUGUGGGAAACGGCCUAUAAGAGGUUCUCAACGGUGGCCAUUGGCUGUUUUACUGCUGUUACCGUUUGCCUUUGCAUUUGCCCUGUAUGGAGUGGAGUUGAACUCCAAAAUUCAGUUUCCAACAACAUUGAAAAGCUUGGGAAUUUCUUGGAAGGAUUUGGAGCUGAAUACUUUGCCACAAUGGAAGAUGACCGGAGAAGUACUGUUGCUGACAAAUCUUCUCUUGAGAGCUACAAAAGUGUUUUGACCUCAAAAAACACUGAAGAUGCAAUGGUUAAUUUGGCAAGUUGGGAACCGCGCUAUGGCCGGUUCAGGUUCAAUCAUCCCUGGAAGGAGUACAUAAAAAUUGGAACAUUAAGCCGGCAAUGUGCCUACAAACUUGAAGCACUUAACAGCUACUUGAAAUCUGAUAUACAGACGCCGGCUGAAAUCAAAACCCAUAUGCGAGAGCCUUGCGUAAUCAUCUGCUCAGAAUCCGGAAAACUCUUAAAGGAAUUAGCGGGGACAAUGAGAAAACCAAUUAACCAAUAUUCUUCAAUAUCUAGUACUUGUUUUUCCAGAUCUGACCUCUUGAAAACGGCUGCUGAGAGCCUCAAGACCUUAUUGAAAGGACAAUCCUGGUGGGAACAAGCUGUCGUCUUUGACGUAAUACCAGCUGCGGCUGUCGCAUUACAGCUGAUUGAGGUCGUAACGUGCGCUGAGAAAAUUGCCAAGGCCGUACAUGAGUUGACUUCAACCGGAACUUUCGAGACGGAAGAUACUAUUGCGACGCCGACACCGGAACAACAACCGAACAACAUGCGUCGCGAAGAAACCGUGGUCCCAGAAGCAGUCAUUAUGAUUGGUGAUGGAUAG